UCCUCAAACGCACAAUAUAUUCCACUUCUUCAAACCAAACACAUAUAUCAAACAUGCCUCUCCGUGUUCGCGUUGUUUCCGUUGCCGGAGUCCAGGACGAAGAUGACUUUGGUUCCAACGACCUUUACGUUACUCUCACCACCGGCGGUCAGACGGAGAAGACCACCGUGAAGAAGGGAGCUGGUCGCCAAGCUAUCUGGGAUGAGGCCUUUGUGUUCCCCAAUUGGACCCCUGGAAGCCCCAUCGAGAUUGAGGUGAAGGACAAGGACCCCUUGAAGGACGACAAGCUCGGCAAGGUCAAGAUCACCCCCGAGAUCAGCGGUCCUGGUGAGAAGGAAGUCGUUGCGGAGCUCCACCACGGCCUCCUCCACAAGAAGCGUGGUGUUAUCAACUUGAUUGUCUCUGCCCAGUAAAUGAUACCCUGCACCCAUUCGCAAACAUGUCUGAGUCUUGUAUAUCCUGCAUCAUGAUACCUUUUGGAAAUAGUUUCGGGCAACUGCUUUUGAAUCAAAAAAUCUACACAUCUUUCA